AUGCCUCACACGAGCUAUCGGCGAGGGGAUUGGAGUAUUACAUUCGUCAUACAUGCAACUAUAUUCCACAUCGUACCUACAGCAUUCGGGAUCUCGUUUGUUUGUGGUAUCUUGAUGCACCACUUUGGGCUGGAAUUUUGCAGCGAUAACAUUGGUCACGAUGGGCGCAUAUACUUGGUAUACAAGACCCGACAGAAGCUGGCUAGGACACAAUUUCGACGGGAGGCUAGCGCUGCCGAUAACAAGCCUGCCACCGUUGCCGUAGACUCACUGAUCAACUGUGAGGCAGUCAAGCAUUUCAUUAACGAGAUCCACGAGAUUGUACAGUAUGACAAGCAUCUGAAGUCGUACGAGAAGGCUGGUCAGAAGAUUGCGAUAUCGCUGGUGUACCUCGACUCCGGACAGAAUAUCAUCCCCUUUGCGGUAUUGACCGCGAUGAUGUUCCUCGCAGCACAAGGCGCGCCGAAGGGCAAGAACGAGGACCUCAUGGGUGGCUCCAUCCGGUUCGAGAAUGUGCAAUUCGCACUUGACCCUGACCGACCGAUCCUCAGCGACCUGAGUUUCACGAUUUCUGCUGGCAAGAAGGUUGCGCUCGUCGGUUCGUCGGGCUGCGGCAAGUCCACGAUCAUGCUCAUGCUCUAUGGCUAUCACGUGCCCUCGUCCGGCAAGAUCUACAUCGACGACUCGGAGCUCGGCAGCCUGCGGGUCGAGAGCGUGCGCCGGACGAUUGGCUGUUCCACUCGGACGUUCUGCACAAUGUCCGGUACGGACACCUGGACGCGAACGACGAGGACGAGGAUCGGCGCGCGAGGCGCACGUACACGAAGCCGUGAUGCGCCUGCCUGA